UGUUUUUUUUUCUAUUUGAUUGCAUCUUAACAUGAAUGCACCUGUAACACUUCCACAGGGACAUGGCUGAUAGCAGUCCAUUACCCAUAUGAGGUAUGCUAAAGGUCACAGGAGAAUAUACUCUUACUGGGAACUUCAUAGAUAUGCCUUAAUAGGAUCUGGGGACGGUGGAAUCGACAGUGCACAUCCUGUGAUCAUUAAAGGAUGGACAUGGUCAGCAUCAAUACUCAGGCAGUAUCAUCAAUAAUGAUGAUAUCAAUAUGAUCCUGCCAUGUCAUAUCAUUGUAUCAUUGAGUAUUGAUACUCAAACAUCAAUACUGUAUUGAUGCUGUUUAUAGGCUGUGGCAUUUAACCAACUCUAUUGGGACACAGGAGUCCAAAUGUGCCAAGUACACAUUGGCACAUUGUGUACUUGUGCCAAUACAUCAGGCCAUUUCAUGCGGCCUGAUGUAUUGAAACAAGGCAGAAUCUGUGCUCUUAUGUUUUUGUUUUUUUUUGUUUUUUUUUAAUGACAAAAUCUGACCCAUCUGAAUGUCUUGUGAAUACUUACCAGUAGAUUAAAGGGGGGUAUUAUGUAAAAUUUACUUUUUUAGCUUUAUAUCGUGUUGUAAUGUUGUUCCCUCAUCAACACAUACCUGGAGUGUUACUUUGACUCUUUAAUGCAUGUUUGAUAAACCCUUGACUCUGACAAUCAAUCAUUUUGAGCCAUCACUCAAGACUGCCCUAGAUUAUUUUCUUUCUUUUUUUUUCUAACUCUCCCUCCAUACUGGGACACACUAGUUCACACACAUUUAUACAGACAACCAAUUUUAUUGGACAGUCACAUUUAGAAGAAGCUUGUACAUCCAAACAUAGUUUAACCAAAACUACAGUAUGCCUACCUAAAUGGGACCUGACACUUCUGUCAACAGGCAGUUGUCUUUUUCAUGUUUAAGCUUUCACUGUGACAUGCAAAAUUAUUAAUAAAGCCAUAUGUAGACAGAAGUGAGUUUUUCUAACUAAAUCCACAUAUUUCUGCUGGCGAUAAAUUGAGUGUAAAAUAUCAAGGUACAUUUGUUGAUUAAUUGUGAAACUCCUGAUCGUUUGAGAACUUCCUCAGUUCACUGCACACGUUAAGAAAUCAUUUUCGUUAAGCAAUUUCCUGUUGUUGUUUUUUUUCUCUUAAGAUUCUUGCUGACGUAAAUUUAAAUCUUUUGACCUCAAUCAUGCAAGCUUUUGAAAUGUUCCUCUUUGUGUUUGUAUUUCCUUUGAACCCAUCUUGUCUGACGAUUGCUGCUCACACAUUUAAAGUGUCCAGUAGCACAGCUGCAUGUCUCGUCCAGACAGACACGCAAGGAGACUGGCAAGACUCACUCGCUGAACUGGAAACACUGCAAAGUCAAUUCUGGUUCAAUAACGUGAACAAAAUCAAUGAUGUUCAUUGUAAAACUUUUGUUCAUAUAUUUUUCAUUUCAAGGCAUCUUUUGCCAGCAGUGGUCAGUCUUCAUGCCUCAGACUGUAGAGGGGCUGAGUGGAUCCUGUGUGAUCAUCCCCUGCACUUUCAGCUUGCCUUCUGAAUGGGAUCAACACCUGGACCACUCAUGUAAAGCCAUAUGGAAGAGAGGCAGCUGGAGCCAAACGCAGGUGUUUGAUUCCAGCCUGACUGGAGCGAGUGUGAGCUUAAAUCUCCUACAGGGAAAGCUGACUGGGAUUCUGCGUGACAAAGACUGCACCACCAUCUUCACCAACCUGCCAUCUAACCAUUAUGACAACUAUUACUUCAGACUGCAGUGUGACAACUCACUGAAGUUUAACUUUAGAAAAAGUGUUCGCAUCACCACUAAAGAUACACUCCCCCAGCCUACCAUAACUCCCCCUAGGCUGGAAGUUGAAGAAGGCACUGCAGUUUCCUUGAGUUGUUCAGCUGUUGUCCCCUGUCCUACUCUUCCUCCACUUGUGACAUGGUCACCUAGUUUAGGGGACAUCGAGGAGAAUAUGGAAGCAAAAUCUUUAAACUCUGUCAUGAACUUUAAUGUUUCUUACCUCCACCAUGGACAGAAGGUUUCCUGCAGUGCUGCAUACAACAGACAAGCUGGGUACAGUGACCUUGUUUAUGAAAGAAGUUUGACUAUACAGGUUUUUUACCCUCCAUACAACACAUCAGUCAGUGGUUCUGGUCCAGUAUUGGAGGGCAGUUUGGUGAUUUUGACCUGCAGCACCAACUCAAAUCCAGAGGUGGACAACUACACUUGGUACAAAGUUAAUGGCGAGCAAGUGGAAGCGGUUGGAUUUAAGAACAAACUUUCCACCACAGCUACAGAAGUUGACCGGCGGUUUUUCUGUCAAGCCGAUAAUGGAUAUGGAAGCCAGAACUCUUCCAUCGCUUCCAUAGAUGUGCAGUUUUCUCCAAAGGACACAACAGUUCUUGUUGAACCAUCCGGUCCAGUCGUAGAGGGCAGCUCUGUGUCUCUAAUAUGUAGAAGCCAUUCAAACCCUCCAGUGACUAAUUACACCUGGUACAGAGAUGGUGAAGUGGAUCAAGGGACCGGACCGGUCUUGGUUUUAGACAAUGUCGUUCCCAGCCAUAGCGGUGGCUAUCGCUGCUCUGCAAAAAAUGAUCUGGGAGAAGAAGUUUCCGCAAAGACUCAGCUGGAUGUUCAGUAUUCCCCUAAAAACACCACGGUGUCUGCUGACCCCUCUGGUCCGGUUCCUGAUGGCGGCUCUGUGACUCUGACCUGCUCCAGCGUUGCCAAUCCAGCAGUAGCUAACGUUACCUGGUUCCGAGCUGCUGGAAGAGAAAAGGAAGUUGUGGGAUCAGAGCGGGAUUUCACCUUCAAUGUGACCAAACUCUCAGAAGAUCUAUAUUACUGUGAAGCACUAAAUAUUCAUGGAUCGCAAUACUCAGAACUUGUCACUGUUGAUGUCCUAUAUUCUCCAGAGAUCCUACCGUCUUCCCGCUGUGUUAGAAUAUUAUCCCAGUUAAGAUGCUCCUGCAACAGUCAGGGUAACCCGCUUCCUUCCCUGGUUUGGGAACUGGCUGGAGAACCUGUCAACCACUCAGCUGACAUCCCAGUACGGGAGAUAAUCAUGGGACAUGGGACCAUGAGGAGUGUCAUCACUCUGUACCAUAUGAAUGCAGACAUGCCCACUUUAGUGUGCAUCAGCAGGAACUCACUGGGCUCAGACAGUCUGGCUUAUAAUGUUUCCUCCAGUGAAACUCAGCUGGGCGUUGACGUUGUAUCUCUGCUAAUCGGAUCAGCAGCUGGAGCACUAGGGAUGAUGAUGAUUUGUAUCCCACUGCUGAUUUUAUUUUGCAGGAGAAGAAAAGACAGCUUUUCACUCAAAAAGGAAUUGAUGAAAACAGAAGAAUGUUUAGUCACCAAUGUGGUCAGUUCUUCCCCAGAAGACAAAGCUGCAGUGAAAGAGGUGGAAGGAGACACGGAAGAGCACCUUAACUAUGUCAAUGUGGAUUUUGCUAAACUGCAGGCCAGAUCAGAAGGUGAGCUUGGAGAUGGUGCUAUCAGAGGACUGGAGUCAAAGACAGCUGAGUAUGCUGAGAUCCGCAUCCGGUGCAGAGAAAGUGAUGGUGCAGAUACAAAACAGCACGGACAUUUCUCAGACACUUCUUUGGGACAAGGAAAAGGGGAUUAUGAUCUUACAGAGGAGGUCAGUGAAAUGGUCACUGCUUAAUUUUAAGUAGAUUUGUAGCAGAGAACAAGAUCCUGGACUUUAGUUUUAGUUCAACAUGAUUCUGAAUGAGUUGAUUCUGAAUAUUUAACCUUACAAUGAUGUUAGAAAACUAUAACAACCAUGACUAACAAUAAUAAGUCAUAUUUGUAAAGCAACUGUUUGCUUAAUGCUAUACUUUACUAAUAACUAAUAAUUUUGUCUCUUUAUUAAAACUCCUGUCCGAAAUAAAAGCAACAAAGAGAGAUCUGAUAAACA